GGACAAGAGCGUAAAGAGGACGGCCCUCACGCGGGCCAAGCCACACCCCACUCCCCAUCCCCUGCCUGUCAGGAACUCGGGCUAGAGAGGAGGGCUCAAAAGGAGGACACUGCUUGGUUAGCUAGCAUCGCCGCUCCAAGACAAGCCGCUCAGCGACCACAGCCGGGUUGCUCCACCUUAAGCCGGAGGCCAGCCCCGCGCCUGUACACACCCUUGGGCUCGGCUGCUCUCCCAGCAUCCCUCACGCGUGGACCCGGGGCUUCCGGACCUGGGCGGAGCCCCCGGGUUUGGCCGAUUGCGUCUUCCCAGCCUAAGCCUUCCAGCACCCGGUGCCAGGGGCCAUGGAGCCCCGGGCAGUUGCGGAUGCCUUGGAGACCGGAGAGGAAGAUGCGGUGACAGAAGCUCUGCGGUCGUUCAACCGGGAGCAUUCUCAGAGCUUCACCUUCGAUGAUGCCCAGCAGGAGGACAGGAAGAGACUCGCAAAGCUACUGGUCACCGUCCUGGAGCAGGGCUUGUCACCAAAACACCGUGUCACCUGGCUGCAGACUAUCCGAAUCCUAUCCCGAGACCGCAGCUGCCUGGACUCAUUUGCCAGCCGCCAGAGCUUACAAGCACUAGCCUGCUAUGCUGACAUUACGGUCUCAGAGGAACCCAUCCCACAGUCCCCAGACAUGGAUGUCCUCCUCGAGUCUCUCAAAUGCCUGUGUAAUCUUGUGCUCAGCAGUCCAACAGCACAGAUGCUAGCAGCAGAGGCUCGCCUGGUGGUGAGGCUGGCGGAGCGUGUGGGACUGUACCGCAAGAGGAACUAUCCCCACGAAGUCCAGUUCUUUGACUUGAGGCUCCUUUUCCUGCUAACAGCCCUUCGCACAGAUGUGCGCCAGCAACUGUUUCAGGAGCUGCACGGUGUGCGCCUGCUGACUGAUGCGCUGGAACUAACACUGGGCGUGGCCCCCAAAGAAAACCCUCCGGUGAUGCUUCCAGCCCAAGAGACAGAGAGGGCCAUGGAGAUCCUCAAAGUGCUCUUUAAUAUCACCUUUGACUCUGUAAAGAGGGAAGUUGAUGAGGAAGACGCUGCCCUUUACCGGUACCUGGGGACUCUUCUGCGGCACUGCGUGAUGGUUGACGCUGCUGGGGACCGCACAGAGGAGUUCCACGGCCACACGGUGAAUCUCCUGGGGAACUUGCCCCUCAAAUGUUUGGAUGUGCUUCUGGCCCUGGAGCUCCACGAAGGAUCCUUAGAGUUCAUGGGAGUUAACAUGGAUGUGAUCAGUGCCCUGCUCGCCUUCCUAGAGAAGCGUCUACACCAGACCCACAGGCUGAAAGAGUGUGUGGCACCAGUGCUGAACGUGUUGACAGAAUGUGCUCGCAUGCACCGUCCUGCCAGGAAGUUCCUGAAGGCCCAGGUCCUGCCCCCUCUGAGGGAUGUGAGAACUCGGCCUGAGGUGGGGGACCUGCUUCGAAACAAGCUUGUUCGCCUCAUGACACACCUGGAUACAGAUGUGAAGAGAGUAGCUGCCGAGUUCCUCUUUGUCUUAUGCUCUGAGAGUGUGCCCCGAUUCAUCAAGUACACAGGCUACGGGAAUGCUGCCGGCCUCCUGGCUGCCAGGGGCCUCAUGGCUGGGGGCCGACCUGAGGGCCAGUACUCAGAGGAUGAGGACACGGACACAGAGGAGUACAGGGAAGCUAAGGCCAGCAUCAACCCUGUGACUGGAAGGGUGGAGGAGAAGCCGCCUAAUCCUAUGGAAGGCAUGACAGAGGAGCAGAAGGAACAUGAGGCCAUGAAGCUCGUGAACAUGUUUGACAAGCUCUCCAGGCACAGAGUCAUCCAACCCAUGGGGAUGAGUCCCAGGGGUCACCUCACUUCUCUGCAAGAUGCAAUGUGUGAGACUAUGGAGGGACAGCUCUCCUCAGACCCCGACUCAGAUCCUGACUGAAGAUGCCAGCGGCCUUGCUCCCCUUCAGAACUGGUGCUGCUUCCAGACACGUCCUGGGGUGCCGCCUCGAGAAGCCACACCCCUCUCCGGCUGGGGAGCCCUUCUCUCUCCUCACACUUCUGUCAUCUGCCUUUGGUCCAGUUUCUUGUGUUUAGGACUGUGGUAGUCUUACCCUCUGUGAAGACUGGGAGCCCACCUUUCAUUUCCGCAACUGAAGUUGUUUUUUGGAUGUGGCUGCAGCCAUGGGCAGAGUUGCCCUGGCACAUAAAUGAACGUGCAUGUAUGAGGGUGGUAAUGGAGCAGGGUGCACACGGUGUAAGCAUGACUGAGCUGGAUGCCAGCCCAGAGCCUGUAUGUGGGGCAUAUGCUGUGUUUCAAACAUUUUAGAAUCUGUUGGAAUUGUUUGAGUAUGUCAGAAAACACAUGAAGCAUCAUGGUUCCUGCUUCUGGCCCCACUGAGCACAGGGCCAGUGGCCUCUUAACUUUUUGGUCCUGGCACAGCCACCCACUGCAGUGUCUGCAUACCCAAGCCUCACUAGUUGUGACAACUAACUCAGUCACAACCACUGGCUUAGUAAUUAUGUGAAGGCAAAAGUAAGACAAGGUAAAAUCUAAAAUUUCUGAGGCACAGAAUAAAGAAAAGUUUGGGACAAGACUGUGUAUCUGUGAAGUAGUCAGGUGAAAGGAUAUUAAAUAGAAACUGAUUUCA